GGCUGCAAAUGUAGCACUUCACGUCAGGCCUGCCGAUGGCCGCGGAAUCUACCAAUGAGUCAGUAAAGGAUAGAUACAUUGGUGUGUAGAGUGAAAUAUACGAAAUAAGGCGAAGAGUAGGCGCUGAUCUUGUCCGCCUUUCAGUACUUUCGAAAACGUUCUCUGAGUGAUCUCGCAGCCAGGAAUUGUAAAGAUUCCAGUUCAGUUUAUUAUUAUAAUUACCUACCGAUAAUUAUAAUAUUUGAGUUGUUUUAGUUUAGUUGGAACAUUAGUUCGUAUUUUCAAAUUCUUGAGAAAUGGAUCCCAUUCCUGACAUUAUUCGUUCCUUAUUGGAAACUCCUUUUUCUUGGUUGGACGAUAAUAAACGAAAGGAUAUCGUUAAAAUUGGCCGUCCGACACCUUCUCUCAAUUUUCAAACACUUGAUAAAAGGCAUGGCGAAACAUUUUCACGUACUUUCAAAACCCACUGGUAUGGCAGUCGCCAGUGGCUGUGCGGUAGCUCUUUCAAACAGGCUUUAUUUUGUUGGCCCUGUUUACUUCUUGGAAAGGCCAGAAAUAAUGUUUGGGUUUCACAGGGAUAUUCGGACAUGAAGAAUUUAUCCGCUGGUGUUAAAAAACACGAGUUAUCGAGGGAGCACAUGCGUAGUUUUUUGAGUUUGAAAAAAUUGGAAAAGGACACACGCACUGUUCAAGACGAUCCACAAAUGCAGUCUUCAUUGACUUUGAAAUUGUUAAAUGAAGAAAUAAGGAAAAAUAGAAGGUUGAUGAGUUACUUAAUUGACGUUACUUGCUUUUUAGCAAAACAGGAAAUUUCUUUCUUAGGUCAUAAUGAAAACAGCGAUUCUUUUGAUUCCGGAAAUUUCAAUGAAACUUUUGAUUUAUUAGUUAAGCGAGAUGCGGAGAUACAAAAUCAUUUGAAGAAAAUUGACCAUAUUUUCUCGGGGUUAUCCGAAACCAUUCAAAAUGAUCUGAUUAGUUGCAUUUCUGAACAUCUCACUGACAAAAUUCACGCGGAAAUUAAGGAGUCUUUAUUUUUUGCCGUACAAGUAGACGAUACAACCGAAAUUUUGGAAAAAUCUCAGUGCGCUAUUUCUAUCAGGUAUGUAAACAAACAGGCCGAAAUUAGGGAAGUCUUUUUAGGAUUUUAUGACGUUAGUGAAGACAGAAAGGCCGAUCCAAUGUACGAUUUAAUAAAGUCAGUUUUACAGCCGUUUGAUUACAGAAAAAAAUUAGUCGGACAGUGUUAUGAUGGCGCCAGUGUGAUGGUAGGUUCUCUGAAUGGGUUGCAGAAAAAAAUCAAAGAUGACGCACCAGCGGCUCUAUUUACACAUUGUUACGCGCAUAGGCUCACUUUAGUUUUACAGGGUGGUUUGAGGAAUAUGAAAAACUGCCGGAUCUAUUUUGCUACUGUAACAUCAAUUUCCGGAUUUUUUCACCAGUCAGCAAAACGCACUUUUAUUCUGGAUUCUAUUCUCCAAAACAGAAUUCCCUCUUCUUCUGAUGAUAACAGAUGGACUUCCAAGUCUAAUAUUAUUCAGGUUAUAGACUCCGACUGGAGCAAUAUUAAAAAUGUGUUCUCGAAAAUAAUCGACGAUAAAAACUCAUCGAUAGAGUCUGUUAAUGGUGCUAGGGGGUAUUUUCAAGAUAUGAACAGUCUAGAAUUUUCAUUUUUAACGACAGUUUUCAAGAAUAUUUUCGAUAUCACCGAUCCCCUUUUCGAUAUUCUCCAAAAAAAUUCAAUAGAUGUCGAUUACUGCAAAAAUCAAAUUAUUUCAGCGCAAGAACGCAUAAAAUCCUUGAUGAGUGAGGACUUCUUCAAUAUAAUCUUUGAAAAAGCACAAUCGCGAAUUGGAUUGGAUGAAGUUGACAUCCAACAUUCCAAAAGGAUCAGAUUAUCAGACUCUGAUGUAAAAGACGAUGAGAGAUUAUCUUCGAUAGUUUCAUUCUAUGAAAUCAUCGAGAAUAUUGUGAGUCAACUUGACAUAAGAUUUGCAGACAUGUCAGAAUUAUUAUAUUUUUCUUUAGUAGAUUCUUCAAAAUUUAAAGCAUACACUAGCAACUUUCCCACCGUUUCAGUAGAUCAUCUCACUAAAUUUUAUAAAAAUAUGUUUGACAAACAACAAUUAAUAAGUGAAUUAACUGUAAUAUACCAAGACGAAGAUUUUUCAAAAUUACCGAAUAUAGCAUCAAUUUUGAAACACUUCGUGAUUGAUGAUCUUCAAAAAAUAUUUCCAGAGGCUUACAAAUUAUUCACAUUAACUGCUACCAUUCCAUCAACAAGUAUUUCAGUAGAAGGACAUUCUUCUUGCUUCAAACGUGUCAAAACCUAUUGCCAAAAUUCAAAGAAAAAUCAUAGGUUGUCGUCGCUAGCACUUCUUUCGAUAGAAAAAGAAUUGUUUUGUUCGCUGCAGAAGGAUGAUGAUUUCAUGGAUCAAAUUAUCAAUAAGUUCGUUGUAUUGAAUAAUCCGUCAAUUAGUUUAAUCUAUAAGAUUUAAAUUUAGUUGUGCAGAUGCACCCUUACGCCCCUUCCCACUCAGAUAUUAAUAACAUUUCAUAAAUAUACAGGGUGAGUCGGGAACGGGCUGAACUCCAUGAGCCUAUUGUACACGUGAAAAUAAUUCAAAAAAACUCAUAUGUUCUCAUACAAUGAACAUAUGAGUUUUUUUGAAUUAUUUUCACGUGUACAAUACGCUCCUGGAGUUUGGCCCGUUCCUCCCGACUUACACCCUGUAUAAUUCAAAAUCUGUUUUUCGCCUAAACCUAUCCAAAUCUUACGAGCCGCUACUGCAAAGAAAUGCCAAGAUACAGAAAAAAAGAAGAAUUUUCGAGGGUUGCCGAAUUCAUGGAAAU